AUGUGCCAAAAAGAUAAUAAUGACAAGCAAUCAAAACUAAGAGAAAACAAAAAUCAGGAUUUUUCAACUCAGACAAAUAUUUUGAGUUCGUUUGUGGAGCAGGAAAGGUUAAACACGUUGAUAAUAAAUUUAUAUCCUGGAAAUGAAGGCUACUCAAUUAUGCUGAGGACUAAUGGCGGCUUGCAGGAAGUUGAAACAACAAGAUUGGCUUAUGAGGAUGACGAUAUACUGCAUUACAUUGACAAGGAAACAAUUCCACCAGCUCUCAUUGAUUUGUUUGAUAAUAUCGAGGACAAUAUAUUUCACUCUGGAUGCAUCAUAGCAGAAAUAAGAGAUUACAGACACUUGACUGAUAACGUCUUCCACACCAAUUAUGUUUUACUCAAGCCCAACGAUCAUAGUCUGGUCUGUGAUGUGAAUGCACUGGUUGGUAGGAGCAGUGCAAAGUGGUCGUACCAGGAUCGUCUGACAUUGGAAAGCAAGCUGCUCCUCAAAACUGUCGAUCCCCUGUGUCUUGAGGCCUCCCAACAAGUUUUCUUCAUCACAUCACAAACAUCCUCUCAGAAACCUGCCCUCAAAUCUAGUACUCUUAAAAAGUGA